CCCCUGUUUUUUUUUUUUCUUCUGUUUCUUGAUGCUCUUCUGGUUUCUUUAAUGGCGAGGAAGCAAAGAAAACUCUUCCCUGCACUAACCGCAACGAACCAAACCGUAGACUGCGAGCCUUAUAACUGCGAACCUUUCCCAGACUACUACUUCUUCCCGCCGCCGCCACCUCCGCCGCCAUCCCUCUCAGGCGCUGCUCACUCAAACCCAAUCCAUCACAUCUCCCCCUACCUCAUCAUCUCCUUUUCCUUCUUGGCCGGCUUUCUUGUUCUUGUUUGCUACUACGUUGUCAUAGCAAGGUCUUGUCCGAGCUGGUGCAGCCGCCGGAGAAACGACGGGACCGCUGUACCCUCCCAAUCCGACGGCACGGAUCAAGAGUUUCUUGAUGAGACUCAGGUCGAUCACCCCAUCUGGUUCAUCACCACCGUCGGCUUGCAGCAGUCUGUAAUAAGCUCGAUUGCGGUCUGUAAAUACAAGAAGAAUGAAGGGUUAAUCGAAGGGACGGAGUGUUCCGUUUGUUUGAACGAAUUUCAAGAAAACGAGACGCUUCGGCUCUUGCCCAAAUGCAGCCACGCAUUUCAUAUACCUUGCAUUGAUACCUGGUUGAGGUCUCACACAAACUGCCCUCUCUGCCGUGCAAAUAUUUUGACCGACACGGUCAAUCUGGACAUUGUUAGGCAUCCAUUGGGUUCAAUCGAUCAGAAUCCUAACAAUUUGAACGGAAUCGAGGAGACCCACAUGGCCAAUUCUGGGAAUGAAAGCGAUUUGCGUGAUUAUCAGGUAAGAAAUCGUGAGACGGCUGAAAACAGGGCUGGAACAGGGGAUGAAGGUGAGUUAGCAGAGGUCGAUGGUGAAAGAACAUCAAAAGAGGGUGGCGGCGGCGGGGAUCAUGAUUUUUGUCCUGGAGAUUCUGAAGGGAGCUCGACUAAUCGAAUUGAGGAUGCUGAAAAGUUGCAUUUUUUGGAUAACGUAGCCAAGCAAGAUGGUAGACGCUCCGGCAUGCACAGACUGAUGAGCAGCCAUUCUUCAAUAGAGCAAUCUCUGCAUAUAAGGCCUCUUGCUAUGAAAAGAUCGUUUUCCGGUGGUGGAAGGGUUUUGUCAUUGAGAUUCAACCGGAGCCAGAGUUCAAUUCUGUAAUUUUAAAGUUUGUUCAACAUCUUUUUUUGAAAAAAUAUAGGUACAAGUUGAGGAAUCUGAGAAAUAUAGUGGGAUAUUCCAAGUACUCUCAGUAUUUGUUCUUGCAGGAAGUCUUGUGUACAAGAAUAAACUAGUUUGAAAUUCCAAGUACUUUCUGCAUCACGAAGGGUAAAUGCAGGACAGGAUUGAUGCCUCAGAAGGCAAAGGUAUCACUUCCAUUAGCAACUACUUUGCUCGUCAUUGA